AUGGGAAGCAUAAUUGCUGAUAACCUUCAGCACCUGAUCGCGAUAAGCAACAAGGUCGUCGCAGCAGCAGCAUGGAUUGUUCCUGGACCUGGACCCUCCAAAGAUCCGUCGGGUUCAGUUUCGAUCGGAAUGUCUAAUCGGAAAGUGCUGCCUUGGAUGCUGCCGCGGCAGAUGUUGCAGCUUCUGCUGUUGCCGCUAAUCUGUUCCCAGCUGCCGGGUGUUAUCGCCGAUCCAAGUCCCUGCCCGCCGGGUCAAUACUAUGUGAAUGGCGAAUGCGCUGCUACGAAUUCUGCGAAUAAUACGGUAGCCUGCCCGAAUGCUCCUCUGCCGCCAACAAUUGUUUCCCCGGUAACUCCCCCACCAUGCCCCAAUGCACCUCUGCCGCCCACGAUGGUUGCGCCGGCAACCCCGCCGCCUUGCCCGAACGCUCCAAUGGCGCCCAGUGUCGUGCCACCAGCUGCACCACCGCUUCAACCCGCUCCACUUUUACCACCCUACUAUCCCACGUGUAUCACCAACUGUCAGACUGCUUGUACGGGUGCUUAUCCCGGUCUUUGUCCUAGUCCUUGCUUCUCCAACUCCAGUCCCACCAACUGCCCUCCUUCCUAUCCAUCCUCCUGUCCCAAUAAUUGUCCCACAAACUGUCCUUCCAAUCCAUCAGCCUGUCCCAAUAAUUGUCCCUCCAACUGUCCUAAUACAUGUGGAAACAACAACAACAAUUGCAAUGGAAAUAACAACUGCAACAACAACUGCCAAAAUCGAACCCCACCCACUGUUGUUGACCCAACACCCCCUACUAAUCCAACCUAUCCUACCCCUUGUCCCGUUUAUCCCACUCCUCCUACCCCUAAUCCGAUCUAUCCCACUCCACCCACUAAUCCGAUCUGUCCCACCCCACCCACUAAUCCGAUCUACCCCACUCCACCCACUAAUCCGAUCUGUCCCACCCCACCCACAUAUCCCACCUACCCCAUUCCACCCACAUACCCCACUUACCCCACUCCAACCACUCCACCCACAUAUCCCACCUACCCCACUCCAACCACUUCUCCCACUCGUAAUCCUAAUCCCACUCCACCUAAUUAUCCACCUCCGGCGGACACCACCUCCUUAAGACCUUCCACCUACCCUCCACCGCCGCCAACGCCAACCACAACCGAACCACCUACCUAUGCUCCUCCUGCCAUCACCCGUUGUCCGGACGGAACAAUCCUUAUAAGGGGCAGGUGUCGACUAAUCUACUGCGGAGGCUAUGGAGUCUAUAAGGACGGUCAGUGCGUGCGACCCCGAUGCCCGGCAGGAUAUGUCUGGACAGAGAACCGAUGCUCCAAGCCCCAGCCUAAUGAACUGGGAACUAUCCACCUGACCAGCACCAUCUACCAACAGGGUGACGAUCACCCGAAGCUGGUCACCAACAAUGUGAACAACUUGAAGGUCAACGCAUCCAUCGCCAUCCAAGGACAGGCCUCCGAGGAGGAGCUGGAAGUGCUGGUGGAAGUACCGCCACCCCCGCAGCCCCCUACAGGACCCUGCUGCAACGUGGUCACACCCAGGAUUUGCUCCACUCCGGCAGAUCAAAGCGCCGCCAGAUAUAAGUGCUACAGCAGGAGCCACCAGCAAUGCGGCUCCUUUUGCAGUGCCAGUCGAGUGGUUCUAGUCCCGGCCAUGGUCACCACCUGGCAGAUGCCGAAUGCCCAGCUAAUAACCAUGCCACCCACCUGGGGGGCUCAGGGAUGUCAGUUCUCCGGAGGAUCAUGCCAACCACCUCAAAACCAUUACGAUUGCAGCGGCUGUGCAGCUGGGGACUUUGCCACCUGCUCCUCCUACUGCUACUCCUACAAGUGUCCCAGCCACAACUGUGUUUACUACGACCAGGCCCAGUUCUGCGCCCAGUAUCCUGACCAGAUCGGCUGCCGUGUCGAAGAUGGAUGGGGCCUGUAGUCUAAAAACUCAAAAUAAUUCAAUCAUUGUAAUGCUACUUUGAGUUAAUAAAGUUUCCACUAUUCUA